CGCAGGCGCAGUGGUGCGCGGGGGGCGCGGAUGGCGGCGGUGCCGCGCGAUGCUGCGCUGGCUCGUAGCCGUGCUCAGUCACUCGUGCUUGGUGCCCAGGGCCGCCUCCAUGUUCUACGCCGUGCGCAAGGGCCGGCGGACCGGCGUCUACCGCACCUGGGCGGAGUGCCAGGAGCAGGUGAACAAGUUCCCCUCCGCCAGCUUCAAGAAGUUCGCCACCGAGAAGGACGCCUGGGCCUUCGUGCGCGCCGGCCUGCCGGGGCCGCAGCAGCCGCAGCAGCAGCAGCCCGAGCCGGCAGAGGCAUUUGGUCCUCCAGCUGUAACACAAGAAAAUGGUAGCCAGAGAAAGGACCCAGAAUUAAAUACCAUGUGUUGCAGUACGUGUAAAAGGCCAUAUGAACAGUCUACAAAUGAAGAGCAGAUUGCAAAGCGUGUGAAACAUGAUGAAGUACACUCAGCGUGCUCAAUACCAACAGUCAGUGAAGACAAGUUUUCAUAUAUGGGUGACUUUGCAGUUGUUUAUACAGAUGGUUGUUGCUCUGGUAAUGGACGUAACAGGGCACGUGCUGGAAUAGGUGUCUACUGGGGACCAGGCCACCCUUUAAAUACCAGUGAAAGACUUCCUGGACGGCAGACUAAUCAAAGAGCAGAAAUCCAUGCAGCCUGCAAAGCAAUAGAGCAAGCCAAGAGUCAAAACAUCAAGAAGUUAAUAAUCUACACUGAUAGCAAGUUUACUAUUAAUGGUAUUACGAGCUGGGUUGACAACUGGAAAACAAAUGGCUGGAGAACAAGUUCAGGAGGAAGUGUAAUAAAUAAAGAAGAUUUUGAAAGACUUGAUAAUUUAGUAAAAGACAUAGAAAUUCAGUGGAUGCAUAUUCCUGGUCAUGCUGGCUUCCAAGGAAAUGAAGAAGCUGAUAGACUAGCAAGAGAAGGAGCUUGUAAACCACAGUGCUGAUGGCCUGGGACUAGAGACUGUUGCACUGGGAGGAAAAGGCCUAACAUGACAGCAACAACUUGAACCGCUGUAAUUGUUUUGGAGUUGAACUUUGAGCUGUACUUCUUUCUGGCCUGAAGCACUAAAUAUAAACCAACUUCUGGGAAGGAAAACCCCA